GCUGAGGGCUAGCGUAUGGCAAGUUUUCCUGCGGAGCUUCCGGCCGGCUGGAAACGGGAGGCACGAGCCUCACUUCCUGCUGAAGCCGGUUCCGGUUGUUGGUGUAUCGGCCUGCGGCUCCGGGCCUCGCUCCCGACGCUGGGGCGGCCGUCUCUGUCUCUCUUUUGUGAGCGCGCGGCCGAGAGGCCAUGAAGAUCACGCGGCAGAAGCACGCGAAGAAGCACCUGGGCUUCUUCCGCUACAACUUUGGCGUCCGGGAGCCGUACCAGCUGCUCCUGGACGGCACGUUCUGUCAGGCGGCGCUGCGGGGCCGCAUCCAGCUCCGCGAGCAGCUGCCCCGCUACCUCAUGGGGGAGACGCAGCUCUGCACCACCAGAUGUGUGUUAAAGGAAUUAGAAUCAUUGGGGAAGGAAUUAUAUGGUGCAAAAUUAAUUGCACAAAGAUGUCAGGUUCGAAGUUGUUCCCAUUUCAAAGAUGCAGUCAGUGGUGCAGAAUGUCUGUUAUCCAUGAUUGAAGAUGGAAAUCCUCACCAUUUUUUUGUUGCAACACAGGACCAGAAUUUAUCUCUUCAAGUAAAGAAAAAACCUGGAGUUCCUCUCUUGUUUAUCAUUCAGAACACUGUUGUUUUGGACAAACCUUCUCCCAAAACGAUUUCCUUUGUCAAAGCAACGGAAUCAGGGCAUCUUGUCUCUGUUCACCAGAAACAGAGUAUCAAGAAACUCAAAGAAGAACAAGGUCUAGUGAAAACCCCCGAACAGAAGAAGAAGAGGAAACGAAAAGGUGUCAGUGGUCCCAAUCCUCUUAGCUGUCUGAAGAAAAAGAAGAAGGUGCAAGAUUCAAAUCAGUCUUCUGCACCUGAAAAGAAAAAAAGGAAAAGAAUUCGUAAUAGAAAUAGAACGAAAGCACUUUCUGUGCCACCAUUGAAACACAGUGAAGAAGUACAGUGCAGCUCUGUGGACUAAUUGAACUGAAAAGUUUUUAGAGACUAAACUCUUCAUUUCUAAAGCAAAAUAAAGUUUAUGAUUUGUAUCAGUGUUUGUGAUGAAAAUUUAAAGACAUCUUCAUAAAUUUACCUGGACCUGUUGGUUGUCUCCUGAAAAAUAAAAUCAGGAUGAGCAAGAAUUGAAUAUAAAAUAUGACUGUUCUACCUCUGCUCCUGUGUUUCUUACCUCCUUGGCUUCCCCAGUCAUUCAUGUUAGGUUAUGUGUUUCCUUUGAUUCAUUGUUGCUGUGGAAUUAGCAGCUCCAAACCAGUCUAUUGAAAUGUUAAGAAUUUAUUGUGAGCCGAAAGUUCAAAGCACAAAUAUGACUUAAAAAUGAAUAGUUAAUAAGAUUUUACCUUAUGCUUAGUUCACCAGAUUAGUAACUACAUUUAUACCUAUUAAAUUAAGUCAUUAUUCUUCUUUUCCCUUAGAUUGGGAGCUGGGUUAAAUGACUGACUUUGGAAAAGUGAAAUGUCAAAUUUAAUAUAUGCAUAGAAUUA